AUGUCGGCUCCUCUUUUCAAAGUCUUGCACAGGAUGCAAGAGCUCUUUUCAAACAUCGUUGCGGCACUAGAGGCCAUGCUCCUCUUCCCCUCGUUGUUCCGUGGCUCCUCUCGUAAAUGCCAGAAACCAUUCCACAGAGCGUAUUGGCGACCUCGCACUCUCAAUGAGCUCGCAGACGAAGUCGACCAGCUAUUCACGGCGCCGUUGUCCAUACAGAACAUGGUCACAAUGUCGGAGAAGAUCCGGGAGCAAUUCAGGUCUUGUCUACAGUCCAGCCCGGUGUCCAUGCUACCGUCUUACAACCAUGCGCUGCCGUCGGGGACAGAGAAGGGGACAUAUCUGGCUCUUGAUGUGGGAGGGUCCACUUUCCGGGUAGCUUUGAUUGAGCUGCGUGGGAAAGGUGAUAUGCACAUUGUCAAGGUCACCACGUCGCCCAUAGAUAACGACGUAAAAUUGUUGGAGGGAACGCUGUUCUUCGACUGGAUGGCAGAGAAGAUCGAUACUAUGUUAAGCGAAGUCAGUGCUAAUUACGGAAGGGGGUUGGUUCCACUGUCUAUGGGCUUGUCGUGGUCAUUUCCGAUUGAGCAGACCUCGAACAGCAGUGGAUUGGUGAUUCACAUGGGCAAAGGAUUCCUGUGCUCCAAUGGCACAUUAGGGCAGGAACUGGGAGACCUCAUUGUACAAUCCUGUCGAAAGCGGAGCCUUAAUGUACAGGUGGAUGCUAUUGUCAAUGACAGUUCCGCUGCGCUCCUUUCCCGGGCCUACGUCAACCCCAGAACGCGCAUGUCCCUUAUCCUGGGAACUGGAACCAACGUGGCUAUCCAUUUCCCUGUACACCAAAUAGGCUUGGCAAAGUUCGGUACUAGGCCGCUUGGUUGGUUUGACUAUGCGAAAUAUGUCAUUGUUAACAGUGAAAUGAGUAUGUUUGGUGGCGGAAUUCUUCCUAUGUCGCGAUGGGAUGACGUCCUUAACCGUACACACCUUCGACCAGACUACCAGCCUCUGGAAUAUAUGAUUACUGGACGCUAUCUUGGGGAGAUAGUCCGGCUCAUCAUCGUGGAAGCGGUGGAAACUGCUAACUUGUUUGGAGGCGAACUACCCCACUCUAUGCGUGAUGCCUAUUCGUUCGACACAAGCAUUGUUGCUGCUCUCGAGGCUGAUAUAACACCCUCGUUGACAUCUUCGGCCACCCUUCUUCAAAAGGAACAUUCUUUCAGCACCUCCCCAUCCAUAGACGACCUGCGUUUUCUACGGCGAGUCUGCCAAACUGUUUCGAAACGAGCAGCGGGAUAUCUGGCAACGGCAAUCCACAGCAUGUGGUGUUUGCGCAACGAGGCCGAGUUCUCCGACACCACCAAUUCAACGACAUCCUCCAUCAAGGAGACUCAGGACGUCACUGUUGUCGAGACCGAGGGCCACCGUCAAAGUUUAUCCAUUGCGUGCGAUGGCAGCGUCAUAAACAAAUAUCCCGGAUUUAGGGAUCGUUGCCAGACAUACAUCUACCAGCUAAUACAGGAGACCAACGCAUCCCAAGGAUCACUGAACGAGGCUUCAAACCCUUCCGUCAGCCUUGAACUCGCACCAGAAUGUGCGAUUCUGGGAGCUGCGGUUGCCGUCGCCGUCGCCGAUACGAAACCUGAAUGA